AUGACCGUCUCCGCCCUGCCACGCUCGGAAUCCGAAGAAUCCGACCCUUCCCGCGGCAUCACAGGCCGCAUACUCGACCGUCCCCUCACCGAAGCCGAAGCUCAGGCCCCGGACGCCGACCGCCCCACUUACAUCCCCGCCCUCGACGUCUUGCGCCCCGGCCUCCCCGGGUCCCGUGACACUUGGCUCCGAUUCUUCCAUUCCUACAUGUGCGACCGCGACAUCGCCUCCCGGGCCUUCUGCGCCCGCUGCGGCUGCCCGCUCGGCUUCCACUUCCGGCCCCGUCCCGAGUGGUUUGGCGGCGAGGAGGUCUUUUGCCGGCCCGAUGGGUGGGAGGACAUCAUCGACGUUGCGCUGGGGACUAUUGACCGCCACUGGCUCGACCGCGAGGAUUGGCUCGCUAUCGAUCACGAGCUCAAUUGGAAAGAGGCCCUGCAGUGGUGUAAGAGAGAUUCGGUCCGAGGGAGGGCGCAGGGCACCAGGCGACAUCCCGAGGGGGCGGUUGCGGUGACGGUUUCUGAUGCGGAUUUGUUGGCUCCUGCCAAGGUGGAAACGGAUUGA